AUGAUGGACAAAAACUCUUUCCAACUCAAGAUGCAAUCAAAGCAGCUUGAGAACGAAGCUAAGAGAAUGAUGAAGGAAGCAGCUAAGGAAAAGGCUAAGGCUAAAGCCGCUUUAAAGAAAGGAAAUCGCCCAGCAGCUCAACUUUACGCACAAAACGCUACCCGCUAUGAAGUCCAGGCUCAGCAGCUUCUCCACUCUGCUGCUACAACAAAUGGCUACGCUACAGAUUUACGUGCAGGUGCCGUUGCAGCUCAGAUGUCUAAAAAUAUGCAAAUGGCUACAUCCGGACUUGAAAAGAACGUUGCUGCAGUUGAUGUUCAGAAGGUUUCUGCUCAGCGUACAAAGAUGGAUGGCCUUAAGACAAAGAUGGCUGCUGCUAACCAAUUAUUAACAGGUGAAGAUGACCUUGAGGCCCAGGCUGGCGCUGAUGAUCUUCUUGCUGCUCUCGAAGCUGAAAAUGAAGCUGAUGCUGAAAUACAGCUUGAUGCCAUCCCAAUGGGCACAGUUUCUGUUCCAGCCGAAGGCCAGAAGGGUGGUGUUAAGAUUUAA